AUGAUUUUAUUAGAUGAAUUUGCACCGAUCAGUAUUAUUUGGUUACUAUUAAGAAUUGAAAGAAUUGUAUUAGCUUCAGCUCUUAUUGAAGAAGCCAAUAAAGCUAUUAGUUAUGCAUUAACAACUUUAAUUUGGCCUAUACUUACAUUUAUUCUGAAUAUUUGUUUUAUUAUUAUGGAUAAUUGUAAUCCAGAUAAUUUUUCACAAUUAAAUUGUUCAAUAGAUCGUAUUCGAUGUGUUUAUGUAUCAUAUGGUUUUGUUGAUGAAACAUUUGAAAAUUAUUUCAAUACAAUAUGGAGCCAUCGUUUAUCUCAAUUUUUUAGUCAACAUUCAUGGUUGAUUAAUAUUUUUAAUAUAUUUAUUAUCUAUUGGUUAUUAGCAUUAACAAUUGCACUUGAAGAAAUGGUUUUAGCAUGUACAUUUGCUUGUUUAUCAAUAACAUUGCAUCAUCAUUUGGGUACUAUUGCAUUUGGUAGUUCAUUUAUUGCUAUUAUUGAUGUAAUACGAACUUUAAUCGAUUUAAUUAAAGAUCGAAUGGAAACAAUGAAUCUUGAUAGUUAUGGAAAAUGUUGUUUAAUAUUAAUUAAAGGUUGUCUUAGUUGUGUUCGAUGUUGUUUUCAAUUUUUUUCAAGAUAUACUUAUAUUAUGACAGCGAUCAGUGGUAAAUGGUUUUGUUCAUCAGCUUUUAUUGCAACAAGAUUAUUAUUAAAAAAUUGUUUACGUAUAUUUGUAGUUGAUCGUAUUUGUGCCAUUCUUUUAUAUAUUGGACGAACAACAAUCACAAUUGGUUCGUGUGUUUUCACUGCUUAUAUUCUUGAUAAAAUUGAAACAAAUAUUAAUUUACAUUUUUCAUGGUUUCCCGUACUUAUUAUUGGUCUAAGUGUUUAUAUAAAACUUUCUGAUGUUUCACAAAUAGAAUCAUAUAUAAUAUCAAAUCGUUUAAAAGAAAUUUUUAAUAAAUCAAAUGAUUUUCAAAAAUCUAAAUUUCAUAUAAUUAAUGAUGAAUCAAUAAGUGAUAAAACUGGAUCAAAAUUUUACUUUCUUUGA